CCUCGAGCGCCCGGUCUCUCCCCGCCAGGUGCAUCGAGGAGCGGUACAAGGCUGUCUGCAGCGCCGCCAGGACUCGCUCCGUCCUGUCCCUCGGCGUCGCCUGUUUCAAGACUCUCCCUCUGCAGCCCGAGAACACUUACCUGUGCCAGAUCUACAACCUGACACUCCUCUGUAUGGAAGAUUAUGUGGUUGAACCCCAGUCGGUGCAGUUCCUGGUGCAGCAUGGGUUUGACUUCAACAAGCAAUACUCCCAGGGCAUCCCUUACCACAAGGGCAACGACAAGGGCAACGAGAACCAGAACAUGAGUGUUCGCACUUUCUUCCUGGAGCUCAUACGGGCAAAGAAGCCUCUUGUUCUCCACAAUGGUCUGAUUGACCUGGUGUUCCUGUACCAGUGCUUCUAUGCUCACCUCCCAGACAGCCUUGGCACCUUCACUGCAGACCUCUCCGAGAUGUUCCCAGUAGGAAUAUACGACGCCAAAUAUGCUUCGGAGUUUGAGACUCGCUUUGUGGCAUCCUACCUGGAGUAUGCCUACAAGAAGUGCAAGCGAGAGAACUGCAAGCUGAAGGGCUCCAGCAGUCAGCACCUCACCGUGGAGUUCUGCAGCUACUCUGCCAGCAUGUCCCGAUACAUCGACUAUCGCUACUGCUCUCUGGAAGGAGAGAGCCACAGCACUGGAGAGGGAGAUAAGGUCCCUGUCUGUGAGAGAUUUUCGGCCUAUGGCUGGUGUCCAAAAGGGGUGAAGUGUCCACAGUCUCAUAACAUUGACCUCAUCAUUGAUGCGGACGACAAGCUUUGGGAGAGGCGGAAGAAGCGGAAGCACAGAUGGAAGAAUCGGAAGAACACAGAGGCUUCUGCAAAGGUGUCUGAACAGGAAAGCUCAGGGAAACACUUGGAGCAAGCUCAGAAUGGGGAGGAGGGGCCACCACGGAAACAGAGCUGCUGUGAGACUGCACCCAACGGAGAGGGCAGGCCACGGGAGGAGACCUGUGUGGACAUGGAAACAGAGGCCAGCUCAGACACCAGUACACAGUGGGAAGAGAAUCCAGGGAGCACUGAGGGAACUGCUGCCCAGGUAGCAGCUGCUGUGAGCCUUUCUGCCAAGGGAAAUGCCUCUGACAGUGAUGAAGUCAAGAGGAAGUCAGAGGUUCACACUGAGCUGGGCUCAGUCACCCAUCCAGACAUCCCUGAGACUGAAGCAGCCUGUGCUGCAGAAAAGGAAAAGCAAACCCAUGUCCCUCCAUCCCAAGGGGGCACACACCGUGCUGGCUUCGAUGCUUUCAUGACUGGCUACAUCAUGGCUUAUGUCUGGAUGCUCAAGAAGGAGAAAAACACAGAGGCUGGUACAGGGCCCUGGUUGCCUGACUGCCACAAUAAACUGUACCUCAGUGGGAAAUCAGUGCCACUGCAAAUAGUGAAAAGCUUGUUUUCCAAGUCUUCCAAAGCUCACACUGAGAAGAUGAAGUUGGCCUGGGCCAGUGUGUAA